GAGGCGGAGCCGAGCUGCGCCGCAUCAUGGCGACCACCAAGCGGGUUCUUUAUGUGGGUGGGCUGGCGGAGGAGGUGGAUGAGAAAGUUCUUCACGCGGCUUUUAUUCCUUUUGGAGACAUCACAGACAUUCAGAUACCACUGGACUAUGAAACAGAAAAGCACAGAGGAUUUGCUUUCAUUGAGUUUGAACUGGCAGAGGAUGCUGCAGCAGCUAUUGACAACAUGAAUGAAUCUGAACUGUUUGGAAGGACGAUUCGUGUCAACUUGGCAAAGCCAAUGAGAAUUAAAGAGGGCUCUUCCAGACCUGUUUGGUCAGAUGAUGAAUGGUUAAAAAAAUUUUCUGGGAAGACACUCGAGAGUAAAGAGGAAGAAGGGGCAGAGCCUCCGAAACCAGAAACACAGGAGGGAGAGCCCCCAGCUAAAAAGGCAAGAGCAAACCCUCAGGUUUACAUGGACAUCAAGAUCGGAAACAAACCCGCAGGUCGGAUCCAGAUGGUCUUGCGUUCUGACGUCGUUCCCAUGACAGCUGAGAAUUUCCGCUGCCUGUGCACCCACGAGAGGGGCUUUGGCUUCAAGGGCAGCAGUUUCCACCGCAUCAUCCCCCAGUUUAUGUGUCAGGCUGGUGACUUCACUAACCACAAUGGCACCGGGGGCAAAUCCAUCUACGGCAGGAAGUUUGACGAUGAAAAUUUCAUACUGAAACACACGGGGCCAGGGCUACUGUCCAUGGCAAACUCUGGCUCAAACACCAAUGGCUCCCAGUUCUUCCUUACUUGCGACAAAACAGAUUGGCUGGAUGGAAAGCACGUGGUCUUCGGGGAAGUAACUGAAGGCAUGGAUGUGGUGCGACAAAUUGAGGCACAAGGCAGCAAAGAUGGGAAGCCAAAGCAGAAAGUGAUCAUCUCUGAUUGUGGAGAGUAUGUGUGAGAUCGUCUCUUCCUUUUGCUCCUGGACAGUGAACUGGACUGGGCAGGAGGGUUUCGGAAAGAAACGGGCUAAGGUAUCUAGGCCGAGAAAGCACCCGUUCCUGCCUACGUGUCUUUAGAAUGAAUCCAGCUCUGAAGCUUAGAGUGUACCAUCCCUUCAACAGGCAACAGUUUGGGCUUGCUUUUGGGCACUUUAUUACAGGGAGGUGUGAAAAUAAACAUUUAGUGAAUUUGGGGAACAGGGAGAGAGCAGACAAAGUGGAUACCACCUGGGCUGAUGGAUUCUCUGUUCUUCUUCGGGGUUGUUUCUGGCCUUACAGCGCAACGAACCGCUUGGUUGAAAGUUUUAUUUUGUUAAAAUAAAUGGAAGUGUGUA